AUGGAUGAGGUGCGAAGGAAAAAGCCUAUGAAAAAGUUCAAACAAAAAACUUUUGAUGUUGAUCAAGGAAUGGGGAAUAGAUUUGAGGCUAUGAAUUUGAAUGCUGAUAAACAGAGUCUUAAUCUGGAAAUUGGGGAUUGUUCAAGUAAAGAUCAGCUUGUUUUGCCUGUUUCUGUGGAUAAUUUGGUUGUUGAAGAGAAGGAAUCAUUUGGGGAGAGGAAUGCAUGUGGUAAAAAAGUUGCAGAUGUUGGGAUUUAA